GAGAGAGAGUGUGUGUGUGUGUGUGUGUGGUCGAUCGGGCGUUUGGUUGGUUGGGAGCGCGCGGGGAUCGGUUUCAAUCCUGGUGAAACUGCAGUCAUCUGCUUGGUUCGGACGUUAGCUGCUUCAGCCAUCAAACAUGAAUGAUGAUGCCUCCAUUCACAGACUGGAGGGCUAUGACUCUGACAACCAGAUUGGAGGUCUAAUAAUAAAAAAGAAGGGUGCUACAGAUAGCCAGCAUGUGUUUCGAGCUCCAGCCCCUAAGACCUCGUUGCUAGGACUCGAUAGAUUAGCUGCUCAGAAGAGAAAAGAGCGAGAAGAGGAAGCAGAAGAAAAGAAAUCUAAAGUGUCGUCGUACAAAGACUGGGAGGAAGGAAAGGAGGAUUCUGGCUCUGAUGAAGAGAAUAGUGAAAAAAUAGACAGAAAUGGGAAAAAGGAGAGAUUUUAUCGUACAUCUGGUGCAGAGACGCCAUCAAAUCCAGGUGGUGUCAGCGAAGAAUUUAAAGAACGCAAUCGACAAAGAGAACGGGAUCGUCGAGAACAUGGUGUUUAUGCAUCAUCCAAAGAUAUAGAAAAGAAAAAGGAUCGAGGAAGGGAUCGUGAAUCGAAGAGGGACCGAGAUGAUCGAGAGAGGAGUAGGUACAGCUCUUCCAGGAGCAAGGACAGGGACCGGUCAGAACGAAGUGAAAGAGGGCACAGAGAAAACUGGUCAGAACGGAGUAAAAGUAACAGAAAAGAAGAUCCGGACACACCCAGGCACAGGCCAAAAGAUGCUCUUACUCCUUCCCGAUCUAGUUGGGAUGAUGAUGAAAGUGGGAUUGGAACUCAGUAUUCUCGUCGAUCUCAGUGGGAGUCUCCAUCUCCUACUCCCUCGCACAAGGAUUCAGAUAAGAGUGAAAGGAGCUAUCGCUCUUCAGGGCGUGACAGUGAGCGACGCGAUAAAGACAGGUCCAGAAGAAACCACUAUGAAGAGGACACACCUCUGCCAACGCCAUCAUUCAAAUAUAAUGAGUGGGCUGAUGACCGAAGGCAUUUGGGGGCAACUCCUCGACUUUCCAGAGGAAAAGGAAGGAGAGAGGACAGUGAAGGUGGCAUUUACUUUGAAAAUGAGGAUGAACAACAGCAGUGGGAAGAUGAUCAAAGGCAAGCAGACCGAGACUGGUACAUGAUGGAUGAAGGACAUGAUGACUUCCAUAAUCCUCUGGCGUAUACAUCUGACGAUUAUGUGAAGAAACGUGAACAGCAGUUGCAAAAACAGACACAGAAAAGGAUUUCUGCACAGAGGCGGCAAAUUAAUGAGGACAAUGAAAGGUGGGAGACGAACCGAAUGUUGACGAGUGGUGUGGUCCAGCGUCUGGAGGUGGAUGAAGACUUUGAGGAGGACAAUGCAACACGAGUCCACCUCUUGGUUCACAACUUGGUCCCACCAUUCUUGGAUGGACGAAUUGUCUUUACUAAACAGCCAGAGCCAGUGAUUCCAGUGAAGGACUCUACUUCUGACAUGGCAAUAAUAUCUCGAAAAGGAAGCCAGUUGGUGCGCAAGCAUCGAGAACAGAAAGAGCGCAAAAAGGCUCAACACAAACACUGGGAACUAGCAGGGACCAAGCUGGGAGACAUUAUGGGCAUAAAGCAGACAGAGGAGAAGGAUAAUAAUGUGGGAGAAGAUGGGAAGGUGGAUUACAGGGUUGAUCAAAAAUUUGCUGAUCACAUGAAGGACAAGAACCAGGCAAGCAGUGAAUUUGCAAAGAAGAAGUCAAUUCUUCAACAGAGACAGUAUCUGCCUAUAUUUGCUGUUCGUGAGCAGUUGCUCAAUAUUAUACGUGAUAACAAUGUGGUGGUUGUAGUUGGAGAGACGGGGAGUGGAAAGACCACUCAGUUGACUCAGUAUCUUAGUGAAGAUGGCUAUUCAAAUUAUGGUAUGAUCGGAUGUACCCAGCCUAGGCGUGUGGCAGCAAUGUCUGUGGCAAAGCGUGUCAGCGAAGAAAUGAAUGUGAACCUUGGAGAAGAGGUGGGUUACGCAAUUCGAUUUGAAGACUGCACAUCUGAACAAACAGUCAUUAAGUAUAUGACUGAUGGUAUUCUUCUUCGGGAAUCCUUGAGAGAAGCAGACUUAGAUCAUUACAGUGCUGUAAUCAUGGAUGAAGCUCAUGAGCGAUCCCUGAACACUGAUGUGCUGUUCGGCCUGCUGAGAGAGGUUGUAGCUCGUCGUGCUGAUCUGAAGCUAAUAGUUACAUCAGCUACCAUGGAUGCAGACAAAUUCGCAGCAUUUUUUGGGAAUGUUCCUGUUUUCUAUAUUCCAGGACGAACAUUUCCUGUCGAUAUUUUCUUCAGUAAGACACCCACAGAGGAUUAUGUAGAAGGAGCAGUUAAACAAGCUCUUCAGAUUCACUUGUCAACUAUUCCGGGUGACAUGUUGAUAUUUAUGCCAGGCCAGGAAGACAUUGAGGUGUCUUGCGAUCAGAUAGUUGAACGGCUAGAAGAGCUGGAAAAUGCUCCUCAGCUUGCUGUGCUGCCAAUAUAUUCUCAGUUGCCCUCUGAUCUUCAAGCCAAGAUCUUUCAAAAGGCCCCAGAUGGAGUCAGAAAGUGUAUCGUGGCUACAAAUAUUGCAGAGACAUCAUUAACAGUGGAUGGAAUCAUGUUUGUUGUUGACGCAGGAUAUUGCAAACUAAAGGUUUUUAACCCAAGGAUGGGUAUGGAUGCUCUUCAGAUUUACCCUAUUAGUCAGGCUAAUGCUAAUCAGCGUGCUGGUCGAGCUGGGCGAACAGGUCCAGGACAGUGUUUCAGGUUGUAUACGCAAAGUGCAUACAAAAAUGAGAUGCUGACUACCACUGUUCCUGAGAUUCAGAGGACAAACCUGGCUAAUGUGGUGCUGCUUUUGAAAUCCCUUGGUGUUCAGGACUUGCUUCAGUUCCAUUUCAUGGAUCCACCCCCUGAAGAUAACAUGUUAAAUUCUAUGUACCAGCUUUGGAUACUUGGCGCCCUUGACAACACAGGUAGUUUGACUCCAACUGGGAGGAUGAUGGUGGAGUUUCCACUGGAUCCUGCUCUCUCAAAGAUGCUGAUUGUGUCGUGUGACAUGAGCUGCAGUUCUGAUGUUCUCAUCAUUGUCUCCAUGCUUUCAGUACCUGCCAUCUUCUAUCGACCAAAGGGUCGAGAGGAAGAGAGUGACCAAAUGAGAGAGAAAUUUUCUGUGCCCGAAAGUGACCAUUUGACUUACCUUAAUGUUUACCUUCAAUGGAAAAAUAAUAACUAUUCCACCAUCUGGUGUAAUGAACACUUUAUUCAUGCCAAAGCAAUGAGAAAGGUCCGGGAAGUUCGAUCCCAGUUAAAGGACAUAAUGGUACAACAACGUAUGAAUAUUGUAUCGUGUGGCACUGAUUGGGACGUCAUCAGAAAAUGCAUUUGUGCAGCAUACUUUCAUCAGGCUGCAAAACUGAAGGGUAUAGGAGAGUAUGUGAAUGUGAGAACAGGUAUGCCCUGCCACUUGCAUCCCACCAGCUCACUCUUUGGCAUGGGCUACACACCGGAUUACAUUGUCUACCAUGAACUAGUUAUGACGUCAAAGGAGUACAUGCAGUGUGUCACUGCAGUAGACGGGGAGUGGCUUGCUGAACUGGGACCAAUGUUUUACAGUGUCAAGCAGGCUGGCAAAACCAGGCAGGAGAAUCGUCGCCGUGCCAAAGAAGAAUUGUCUGCCAUGGAGGAGGAAAUGGCCUUGGCACAGGAACAGCUUCUGGCACGAAAGGAAGAACAGGAGAAGAAGAGCACUCUUAACACUGUGAGGUCGGUCAAGAUUUAUACUCCAGGACGCAGAGACCCAGGAACACCAAUGACGUCUCGACAUACCCCAGCACGAUUUGGACUUUGAUUACUAUUCAACCUCAUUUUGUUUUUAUUUUUGUACAAAAAGUGUUGUCUAAAUAGUCAGGGCUUCAGAUUUAUAUUUGUAUAUUACAAGUGAAAACAUUCUUCUACAUUCUUCUAGUGCCUCACCAUAGCAGUAAUUGUGGUUGUGAAGUAGUGCGUGGGUUUUGCAUUUUAUCAUAGUCACACAAUCGUAAUUAAAGAAUUCAAGUUGUCCAUCACAGUGGAAUGCAUACUGAUACAUAUGUUGGCAGUGUUUCUGUGAUCAUCAGGUUUGCACGUGUGCCAUCAAGUCUAUACAUUCAUCCCAUGGGACCAGCAACCUGCGUAUCUGUUUGCAGUAUGUACGGGUAGCCUGUGGACUCCAAUGGAUAACUUAAAAUGAUAUUAAUUUUAUGCUGGAAUAGUUUUACUGUUCAAAUGUUAUACAUUUUCAUACUGCGUUAACUGCUUGGGUUUCCUGUAUAUUAUAAUAAAUAAAAAAACUCCUUGAAA